UAACCAAGCCAAAAAUGGAAGGCAUAACAUUGAUAAUAGUGAUAAUGUCAAGCUUAAUAUUGGGAGGGAAAGGUCAGCAGAUAAUUAGCACGCCAUGCACCUCCUCCAUGAUCUCUACCUUCACUCCAUGUCUCAACUUCAUAACCGGGAGCAGCGGCGGCUCCGUCACUCCCACCGCCGGCUGCUGCGACUCCUUAAAGUCGUUGAGCAGUACCGGCAUGAACUGUGCUUGCCUCAUUCUCACUGCUAAUGUCCCGCUGCCUACUGGCUUCAUCAAUCGGACUCUCUCGCUUGCUCUCCCUCGUGCCUGCAAAAUGACCGGUGUACCUGUUCAGUGUCAAGCGGCGGGAACACCUCUGCCAGCGCCAGGUCCAGUGCCAUUUUUGCUGGCCCCACCACCGCCUAUGUCUGCUUUUAGCCCCGGAUCAUCUAAGGCGGCGGCGACAGCUCCUGGGCUGGCACCGGAUGCUCCCUUGGAUGGACCGAUGGGCCCCACAGCCACACCAGGAAUUCGACCGGUGGUUCAGCCCUUGCAACCCACUAGCCUCGCUCAAUAUUCUACCUCUCCUUUUCAUCCCUUGCUUUUCUUUCUCUUCACUCUUCUCACCUUGUUGAAUUUGUGAGCUAUACCGCGCGUCUCCAUAUUCAAAUUGUUACCCUUGUGUAUGUGUUGUCAGGUACUUUCCUUUUGGAUUCAUCGUUCCAGAUAUGAUUUACUUACUAUUUCAUCUCAAAUGAUAAGCUUCUUUGUCUUUUUGUUCGGUAAAUAUAAACCGUUGUCUGGCUCCGACCAAAUCAACACGCGUAUGUUUCUAUUUUAAAUGCCAAAUAACGAUUAUCCAUCCAACUA